UAUAAAAUAUUAAAAACGUUAGAGUAUUUCGUAAUAAUAGUAAUAAUAUAAGUUUUUUAAUUCAUCGAUUAAUUAAUCGCAUAAUGUGCAAAUGCUAUUUUUAUAGAGCAAAGUUGAAUUUGCGCAUAAUGCGAUUUAUUAAUCGAUGAAUUAAAAAACUCAUCUAUAUUUCUAAAUAAGAAUUGUUACAUGUCAAAAACUUCUAAUGAUCUUGUUCUUUGAUCUAUGAUAUAAUGUUCCUGAUAUCUAUCGUUGUACGCUAUGAAGAAAUAACUAUGAAGUGAUAGGAGAAAUAUAGAUACGAAUACUGAUAUAUAUAUCGGUAUCCAAACAAAACUACAUUCUGGAUAGUACCGUUUGUAUAUUUUUUCAUUAUACAAUCAUGAUAUUGUUAAUUCUUACGAUCAUAUAAUUAUAUACUUUUAUAAAAUAACUUCUUUUUUCUCUCUUUGUUAAUAUUUGAUACGCAUGUCAAUAGAAAUUUUGUUGCUAAGAAACAGGAUUGUUUGACCUAAAUUCGUUUCCUACACGUACCUAUACUUCUGCAUAAUAUAAUUUCUUACUAUACUCGAAUAGAAUGUUUAACGUGUAAUUUGUGUGAAUUUGAUAUUGACAAAAAUCCGAACAUCGGGAUGGUAAGUGAAAAAGAAUUCUGGACAGAAGUUCGGAAAGAUAUACCGCGAUAUAAAAAGAGGAAGCCGCGAGUAGUUCCUGCGUUCACUAUUCAAGCUUUGCAGGAAAACACAGUCGUUGCAAAACCUCCACAAUGUAGAUUGUAUCAACCUCGUCCACCGAAACCUUCGACUUUUAGAAAGUUUUAUAAACGCGGUGUAUUCCCCAUUUCUUUGGAGAAUGAUGGGUACAAUCAGAAAAUUAAUUGGAAAGUGAAUAUAGAGGACUUGGAUUUCCAUCAUUAUUUGCCAAUGUUCUUCGAUGGAUUAACGGAAACAGAACAACCAUAUAAAUUUCUGGUAGAAGAAGGAAUAUCGGACAUGCUAGAACAUGGUGGCUCAAAGAUAUUGCCCGUUGUUCCUCAAUUGAUUAUUCCUAUCAAAAAUGCGUUGAAUACAAGAAUGCCUGAGAUAAUCUGUACUACCAUGAAAGCACUUCAACGUUUAGUGCGAUCAGCCGAUUGCGUUGGUGAAGCUCUAGUCCCGUAUUUCAGGCAAAUCUUGCCUAUCCCAAAUUUACUCAAAGACAAGAAUGUAAAUCUUGGAGAAGGUAUCGAUUAUUCUCAGCAAAGAGGUGAGAACACAGCGGAUAUUAUACAAGAAACUCUCGAAAUUUUGGAAAGAUAUGGCGGUGAGGAUGCUUUCAUAAAUAUUAAAUACAUGGUUCCCACCUACGAAUCCUGUAUGAUGAAUUAAUAGACAGGAAAUGACAUUGACUCUUUUAAUAAAUUUAUUCAUUAUUCAAUAAAAUUAUCACAAAGAUGCAUGCAAAGUUUAAUUUAAUUAAACACGUUAUAUGAAAUAUAUAAAAGCAUAAUAUAAUGAAAAAAGAUAUAUCUUAUAAAAAUAUAAACCAUGUUUAAUCGCUUGAAGCUUUAAGAUAAUUACAUAUAAAUACUUUAUGUAUUGUCUUAAAGUUUUUCAUAAAAAAAUAAUAAAUCUUUGAAAUAAAAUUGUUUGUUGCAUAAUGAAGCAUGCACUUUGUCUCGGCAUAAAAAAGUAUAUUAAAAAUAGUAGUAAUAUAUUUUUUGGCGAUAUAAUUAACUCGAAAAAUAUAUUUACACCUUUCCUGCAUCUUCUUUCAAUGUUACAGUACGAUUAAAGACAAGCUAAAAUAAAAAGGAAUGUUAAUACAAUGUAUA